AGGGUGAUAACCGUAAGAACAGGCUACCUCCGAACUCCACCCAACUGCACUACCACCCCUCCUAGGGUUCUUGCGAUGUGGCGGCUACCCUGCCGCCGGCGGGCAGCGGACCUCCUCCUCCCUCGCCGCGCCGUCGCCAUAAUCAUCUCCUCCCAGGCCUCCUUAUGAGGCUAGAGGAGAGGCGUUCCAUAAUCGGCGCACAAAUAAGCAGCUCCUUUUCGAGCUGCAAUCCCGGAACCGAAGCAGCCCCUUUUGAGCUGAGAUCCGCAAUCAAAGCAGCUCCGUUUCGAACUGCAAUCCGAAUUUGCCCCCCUUUUCUGUUUAUUUAGAUUGCCCAAGGAGAUCGAAUCCGACUAAUCUUCAGUCUCCGAGGUGUAAUCGGAGGUGGAAUCAAAGCCGCUAUAAGUUUGGCCGGGUGGUAACACCGGAAGCCAUCAAAUUUUGCAGAGUCAUCACGACUGCAAUCCAUCCUUACAGGCCUUGUCUGCAGAUCUACGCAGAAUCAUGGGGAAAGAUCUAGAUGAUAGGCUCAGCAACUUGCCUGACGACAUUCUGCUCACUAUUCUUGACCGACUCAAUGUCCGCGAUGCAGCCAGAACUGCCGUCCUCUCCACACGGUGGAGUAAGCUACCUGCGAUGCUUUCUCGACUUAUAAUAAAUGUCUGGGACUUCCGGCCUCCCGAUGUAUCUGAGUUCCGCGAAGAUGAAUUCGCUCAGACUAAUGCAGCUGCGAUUGAAGCUACCAAGAGCAUGCUGGAACGCAGGGAUUCGACCCGAAACAGAAUCCACCAACUGUCUGUGACUUUCUUCUUAAGAGAGAGUGACCCCAUAUCCAUCGGACAUACUGUUGCCCAGACCAUGGCGACACACAAGGUUGGCAUGGCUGAAUUCAUUGUUUUGACAAAGAAGGAACCCAUCGGGUGCGACGAACGUGAUCUAAUCGACUAUGGGCAACAGUUCAUGUUGUUCUUUGAUGCUUGUCCAGAUGCAUUUGCUGGUAUCACACGCCUACACCUUGAAAAUUUGAGAUUUGGUGAAUCAGACAUCUCUAAUGUCCUCGUCACUUGCAAGCAACUAAAGGAUCUACGUUUCCUUAACUGUGACUCGGAGGGUGUGACCACUCUGCAAAUGGAACACUCGCAACUUAGUGAGCUCAGUAUCGUUGAUUGUCGUCUUGGAAAAGUCAUGUUGAACUGGCUCCCACAACUCACACGGAUGACCUUUGAGGGUUGGAUCGCUUUUCAUUAUGCACUGUCUGUUGUCUAUGCCCCAUUGCUCGAGGUUGUAAACCUUACUAAUGUUGGUCUCAGUUGGCACAAGAUGAUUGAGUUAAGUAAAUUUCUUCGUGGUACCUCUGUGCGCGACUUGAAAUUGGGAUUUAAAUCCGAAAAGAUUUGGGUUCAGCCAGAGUGCUUGACAAAAAGUCUGUCAUCUGUUUUUUGCCAACUAAGGUUUCUGAAUCUAGAUGACAUUCCUGAAGGUUAUAAUCUCACCUGGACAUUGUUUGUCCUUAAAGCUGCACCCUCCCUCAAAGAGCUAUGGAUGACUGUUUGGGAUCAUCUCUGUAAAAUGGAGACGGAUGAGAAGAGGAGAGCAGUGUCAUAUAGCGAGAAUAAGGGGGUAGAGUGGGAAUCAUCAGCUCUGGAUUUCCAGCAUCGUAGUCUGGCGACGCUCACCAUAUUUGGCUUCGAAUCUGAAGAGUAUAUGGUGAGCUAUGUCAGGGGUGUGAUGGAAGCAGCCGUGAAUCUUGAGGAAGUGUUCCUGUAUCAUAGGCUGACCUGUGGAAAGUGCCGUGCCAAUCCCAAUACUUUAAAGCGGAUCAGGUACCCGUGGACCAAGAGGCAGAGGUCUUCGGUGAAGAAGAGAAUUACUGACGGGGUUGACUCGUUUGCCAUAAUUCACUUCCCGACCGGUUCUGUAAGGGGUGAUCAUAUUGCAAAAAAGAAGGUACCCGUAGUGUUUUCAUUUUGAAUUGUGCUGUAAUUUUUGUGCACUGAAACGAAUUUGUUUGGUAUUCCCUCCGUCCAAUAUUAAGUGACUCAAAUAUGUCCAAAUAUGGAUGCAUCUAUGUCUAAAAGAUGUCUAGAUACAUGUAAUAGAAAGUCACUUAAUAUGGGACGAAGGGAGUACGUGUCAUUAGUUGUGAACGGAUAAUCGAUUUGCCUGCAUGCCUAUGUGUCAUGAUGUUACUUUU